GUGUUGAUCGUUUGCUUCCGGUCUAAUUUGUCAACACAUUUUUAGCCCCAAGCGACUGGUUUUAGCUAGCAAAAUACUGUCAGCUCUUUACAAAUUGCUUGUUUUAAUCCAACCCAUAGGUUGUGUACUGUCCGCAGUAAGUUGAGCAACUCGACAGUGCUCACAGUCUUAUUCUUUCUUUUCCCCGUUUUGCUAAAUAAACGUGUCUUGCAAAUUGAGCUAGCCAGUUAGCUUGUAGCAGCUAAAGCCGGAGUAAAGCAGGUGGACGAGAUUAUGCACCGCUCACGGUUUUAAUGUUGACCGAGCACAUUGCGUUAGGACAAGGAUCAUUGAUGGCAGCUCGGCAGCCCUUCACAGACACGGAUACUGCCGACGAAGCGGUGAGGGCGACGUGUGACGAUGCAACCACAUGCAAAAGGUUUGCUACCAGUAAAGGCUACUGGAAGGACCCAUAUAUCCAAUAUUUUGCGAGAAAUGUAGGAGAAAGGAAGGCCCCUGAAAUCAACAGAGGUUACUAUGCCCGUGUUCACGGGGUGAACCAUCUACUUGAUGCGUUCAUAAGGAAAACAGAGUGUGACUGUCAAGUAAUCAACCUGGGAGCUGGACUGGACACCACAUUUUGGCGACUAAAGGAUGAAAACAUCAUGCCACGGAAGUUCUUUGAAGUUGACUUUCCUACCAUCGUGGCCAGGAAAAUACACAAUAUAAAGACAAAACCACCCCUGUCCAAACCCAUCAUCGAAACCCACUCAACAGACUCCUUACUACUAGAUGCCCACAGCCUUGACUCAGACCGUUACUGUAUCAUCGGAGCAGACCUGAGAGAUAUCUCUAAUUUGGAUGAAAAACUGAAGAAGUUCCAGCUUAACCCAGAACUACCUACAUUAUUCCUGUCAGAGUGUGUGCUGGUCUACAUGACACCUUCCCAGUCAUCCAACCUCAUUCACUGGGCAGCAGAGACCUUCCACACCGCCAUGUUCAUCAACUAUGAACAGGUGAACAUGAGUGAUCGAUUUGGCCAGGUGAUGAUCGAGAACCUGCAGCGCCGCCAGUGCACCCUGGCAGGAGUAGAGGCCUGCCAGUCCCUGGACUCGCAGAAGGAGCGGUUUCUGAAGGCUGGCUGGGAGCAUGCUGACGCUCUGGACAUGAUGACGAUCUACAGUAUGCUCCCUCAGGACGAUGUGGCGAGAAUUGAGCGACUGGAGUUCCUGGACGAGAGAGAGCUGUUACAACAGCUUCUUCAACAUUACAGCAUCUGCUGGGCCACCAAGGACAAGCUUAACCUGGGUCUGUCACAGCUGGCAUUCUAAUUGUGAAACUGCUCCAUGGUUUGGACAUGCUUUACAUGUAUGUUCGCCAAAGUCAACAAGAGGAGAAGAUCUGUGAAAAGCGGCAGUGAGAAGAGAGGAAACCAUGUUCUCAGUCAUCUGGGAGCUGUUCUGGUUUGAAAACUCCCAGCAUCAGCAGAAUGUGAUUGUGUCCAUGUUAAAGAUGAGAGGUGAUAAGGUUGAGGACUGUGAAGAGGUUGGUCACUACACUGGCAUUGAGUUACUUAGAGUAAAAUAGAUCAUGUUUGUUUUGCUCAUUUGCUUGAGGGUGAAUUUUGUCUGUGGUUAACAACUGAAACAAAAAUAUGAUUUCAAAAUCUGCUCUGGAAAUGAAAGAAUGUAAGACGUGUGAAGAAUUUCAAACGUCAUAUAUUUGUCCUUGCCUGGAUUUUAUGUGCCAUUUUAAUUUUAUUUAUUGAUCAAUUGCACUUCCAGACUCAUUUGCUUACAAACAUACGUGCAUGCAUGCGUUAACUAGUGUCAAACAGCAAGAAGUGCAUUACAUGCAACUACCAGUUACAUUACAUCUGCCUGUCAGAUCUUUUCUAUUCUUACACCCCAGUUUUCAAACAAUAAAGAGGACAUGACAGAUUAGUUUGUAACAGAUUAUAUUUCAUGAAUGCGGUUCAAGUACAGCUGAUUAAAAACUUCCUUUUGUGUAA